ACACACUACAUCUAUCUCCACUCAGCAACAUAACUUAUUUUGCACCUCAUCACAUCCCUAAAAACACCUCCUAGCAAGAGGGGAAAGAAAACAUGGAUUAUACAUCUAUCAUACUUUAUGUAAUACUUCCUCUUUCAACCUUAUUCAUUUUGUCCAGUCUUCGCAGAAAACGUUUUCCACCAGGUCCAAAAGGAUGGCCCAUCAUCGGCAACAUGCUAAUGAUGGACCAACUCACUCAUCGCGGACUGGCCGCGCUGAGUGAGAAAUAUGGUGGUCUAAUUCAUCUCAAAAUGGGCUUCAGCCAUACUAUGGCUGUCUGCUCGCCCGAAAUAGCCAAACAAGUUCUCCAAGUCCAAGACAACAUAUUCUCAAACCGGCCGGCAACCAUAGCUAUCACAUAUUUAACAUACGAUCGCCAAGAUAUGGCUUUUGCAAAUUACGGCCCAUUUUGGCGUCAGAUGCGUAAACUUUGUGUCAUGAAGCUAUUUAGCCGAAAAAGAGCCGAGUCAUGGGACUCGGUUAGAGAUGAAGUUAUGUCCAUGAUAAAAGUUACCGCUCUUAGCUCGGGUUCAUCUGUUAACCUCGGAGAACUUGUUUUCGGGUUAACACAUGAUAUUAUUUACCGGGCUGCUUUCGGGUCAAUUUCUCAUGAAGGAAAAGAAGAAUUCAUUAGAAUUUUACAAGAAUAUACAAAACUUUUUGGAGCUUUCAAUCUAGCUGAUUUUAUUCCUUGGUUAGGUUUUAUUGAUCCCGCGGGUCUAAACACCCGGUUGCCUAAGGCCCGGGCCUCGUUAGACGGGUUCAUCGAUAAAAUUAUCGAUGAACACUUGAGAAAGGGAAAGAAAGCUGAUGAAGCUGAUAAUGAUAUGGUAGAUGAGAUGUUAGCGUUUUACAGCGAAGAAGGAAAAGUUAACGAAGGGGAGGAUUUGCAAAACGCUAUUAGACUCACACGUAACAACAUCAAAGCCAUUAUUAUGGAUGUAAUGUUUGGAGGCACUGAAACGGUGGCUUCUGCUAUCGAAUGGGCUUUGACUGAGCUAAUGCACACGCCAGAGUCACUCAAGCGUGUACAACAAGAGCUUGUUGAUGUCGUUGGCCUCGAACGUCGUGUCGAAGAAUCUGACUUCGAGAAACUCACCUACUUCCGAUGCGUUAUCAAAGAAACUCUUAGACUCCACCCUCCUAUUCCUGUCCUUCUCCACCAAUCUUCCGAAGCCACGGAAGUUGCUGGAUACCACAUCCCAAAGGGGACGCGUGUCAUGGUUAAUACAUAUGCUAUUAACCGUGACAAAAAUGCUUGGAAGGAUCCAGAUACAUUUAACCCAUCUCGUUUCUUGGAAAACGGGGCACCAGACUUUAAAGGAAGCAACUACGAGUUUCUUCCUUUUGGGUCUGGACGCAGAUCAUGUCCUGGAAUGCAACUUGGAUUGUACGCCUUGGAAAUGUCCGUCGCGCACCUCCUCCAUUCGUUCACGUGGCAGUUGCCUGAUGGGAUGAAACCAAGUGAGAUCGACAUGACCGAUGUGUUUGGACUUACCGCGCCAAAGGCGACCCGCCUCAUUGCGAUUCCUACUCCUCGUUUAUUGUGCCCGUUGUAUUAACAAAUGGUCAAGACAAAGACUCUGAAAGAACAUGUUAAUGUUGUACCGAAUGGUUUUUCCUUUUAUUCCUAUAUUGCCAUAAUUUUAUUUUUACAUAAAACAAGAUAUACAGAUACACCAAUGAUAAACUUUACAUUUGAUUUU